AUGGAGACUGGACGCUGCGUGGUUGACCUGACGGAGCUGCGCGGCUGCCCCGAAGAGAUGCCCGCGAGCGGUGUUUGCUUACCCAAGAUGCCUGACGUGGAGUUCUGCCUUGCGUGCAGGGACCUGGUGUCGUCUGACCCGGGUGGGAAGCCCAACGCAGUGGUCCAGGUGUCCGUGGUGGACCCUCGCAAGCAUCAGCUGGUCUUUAGCGCCUGCACAGAGAUGGUGGAGGCAAACAAAGACCCGUGCUUUCUAUCGGGGGUGACCUUCCCUUCCGACGGUCCCGCCGCCCCGGAGACAGUCGUCAAGCUGACUGUGUAUGAUGCCAGGGACAAGAGCCACGAAGCAAGCAGCUUCCUGGGCACCGCCGCCUUCUCCGUAAGCGAUCUGCUUCGAGCCAAAGAUGAACGACUGACCUUGCUUCUCAGCUUUGGCAGUGUCAUGCUGGAAAAACCCCAGUGAGACCAUUGCAGUGAAAGACUCUUUGAAAAUCCCUUCCACCCUUCUUCAAAGAUCCCUGGGAUGUUGGUUCUGUUCUGUGAUGGCGAACAGAGCGACGUCCAGGCUUAUAGACAAAACAAGCAUCUUUUAUUGUUAUUUUGGAUUGUUGUUGACACUGAUUGUUUGAGCGUUUUCCAGGCUUGUGUUGACAUUUCUUUUCAUUUUCUGCUGUGGUAGCUGUGGGUAAUGUAAUCAGAGGAGGGUUACAUUUGAAAUACAUUGCACCAAAUUUGUCAACUACUCCUUCCGCAUUUUUCAACCCACUUCAACCGCCCCACCAUCAAAACAUUCCUCUUAAUCAGGACCAAACAACAAAGUUGUUUUUUGAACUGUAAAAACUAGCGGUUUUCCCAAAAUUCCAGGAAUUCCGUAAUACCAUUUCUCAAUUAAAAAUGUUACUACUUCAACAUUUUUCGACCGAUUUGAAAAAUUCAAAUUCAAAUGUUUUAGCAUUUAAAAAAAAAAAAAAAAAAUUCCCGCUUUUCCCGAAAUUCCCAUUGAUAUGAAUGGGACAUUUUUCAAAGUUCCACAACUCCGAUAUUUUUUUAUCCGAUUCAAACCGUUCCAACUUCAAAACAAUCAGCCUGUUCAGGAGUUAUGUGCUUUCCUUCAAUAAUAUUUUUUUUUCUUUCCAGGAUUUCCUAGAAUACCCAGUUUUUAGGGACAUUUACCCCAUUCAAAAUGAAUGAUCCAUUUUUCAAACUUCCACAAUUCCCUCAUUUUUCAACCAGUUCAAACCAGUCCACAUUCAAGUCAUCCUGGAAAUUCAAAUUUAGAAUUCAAAUUUCCAGGAAUUCCUGUUUUUUUCUAAUCUUUUUUCCAACCUUUUUUAGUGCGAUGACUCCUUUCACAUUUUUCAACCCACUUCAACCGUCCCACCAUCAAAACAUUCCUCUUAAUCAGGACAAAAAAACUAAGUUGUUUUUUUAACUGUAAAAACUACCAGUUUUCCCAAAAUUCCAGGAAUUCCGUAAUACUAUUUCUCAAUUAAAAAUGU